UGUUUCUUUGUUUUCUGUCCUCUAAGCGCACAGUGGGAGUGUCCGUCUCAUUCAAGCGGUUUCCUUCUCCAACGCUGCUGUCAUUUACAACCAGAAAAGACACAAAGGAAGAUCACUGAUGAAGGUGCCAAGCUUGGCGCACGCGAGAGCUGGACGUGUGCUGGUGUGCGUUUGUUCCGGGGCUCGUCUCUGAUGUCUGGCGCAGGUGCAUCAUUCCCGCAUUGAUCAGCUGAGCCUCGACCAUCAGCAUCAGCAUCAGGCGGUCUGAGUGUUUGCUAAGUGGACUGAGCCAUACACAGGCUUCCCGUCUGGAUCUCUGCCAUCGCUCUCUUCCUGCUCUCCGUUCCCUGGAUCCUCAGGCUGAAGAACUCCUCCAUCAUCUCAGAUCGGACCUUUGAAACACGAGAUUUGUGCCCCGUCCAGAGCCGCCAGAGCCCCUCAGGGCCCACGGGCAAAGCGGCACUUUAGGACAGACUUUCUGCGAGUCAUGAGUGAAUUCUGGUUGUGCUUCAACUGCUGUAUCGCCGAGCAGCCGCAGCCGAAGAGGCGGAGACGUAUAGAUCGGAGUAUGAUCGGCGAGCCAACCAAUUUUGUCCACACGGCCCACGUAGGCUCUGGAGAUAUCUUCAGUGGCAUGAACUCUGAGAACUCAAUUCAGAACCAAAUGCAGUCGAAAGGAGGCUAUGGAGGAGAGGCCAUGUCUGUUAACGUACAGAUGCAGCUGGUGGAUACAAAAGCAGGAUAAUAGGUGUUGUUGGAAGGGGGUCCCAUGAUGUGCUGGUUCUGCUCACCGGUUCCCUUCCAGCAGCUUUUCACCUCAUUCUUACCCAGCAAACACAUGGACAGUUGUGCACUCCGUGGUAGAGAGGCUACUGGACAGCAGGAUCCCACAGCGCUUCAGUGUUGUGUCCGUCACUGCUCGCGCCGCAUGCCCCUCAGCCUGGAAGUGCAAAGAGUGUCCCUGCUUUCUUCUGUGGUGUGCUGUAAACUCUUGCUUUUUCAUCACGCACAUGUGUGGGUCUGGAACCAGUACGAACAGUUGUUUUGGGUUGGUUCUCUUUAGUUUGCUCAUUUAUUUUUGAUUCCGUGAUCAGCACAGAGCCGACAACAAUGUUUGUAUGAGAAAGUGGCUGCUUGCGGUCAUGCGGUGCCAAACUGCUCAGUGCAAUGCAAAGACAAGAAGUACUUCGAUUGUUACUUUGCUGUUUACAGUGUUCCAGUUUGUUUUCAUUGCAAUGAUUUUAAAGAUUAGUAUAAUCACUGAUGUUGAAAGGCAGAAUUGCUGUCUGCUGUGUCAAUGUAUGUCUGUAACUUGAUGUAAAGCAACUAAAGCUAUAGAUAGUGUACAGAUCAAAUGUAUAAACACAGUUUUUAUUAGUUCUAGUGCUCUUUAUCGAUGUAGCUACAAUUACAGGGGCAUUUCAGUAAAUAAGGUAAUGAGUAAAUUUACUCAGGUAACAUGGCCUCAAAAUAGCGCCACCUAUCGGCCAUAACGUCCAGUUUGAAGAUGACUGGACUCAUAGAUCGUAAUAAAACUUUAAGAUGCACAAUAAGAGUGUGUUUCUGUACGGAGCCCUUAAGAAGACAUAGUGAUGGAAAACAUGAGAUUCCUUUAUUUUCUGGUGAUGGAAAUAAUAUGAGAUUGAAGGGAAAACAAACUUUUUUGCGGGGGAGUGCAAUACUUUUGCAAGCAAAUGUACAUUUUAUUAGAUGAAUGCAAGAGUAUUGAUAUUUCUUUUUUACAUCACCAUGUUCUUUAAAUGGCUCCAUAGUAAAAGACGCAAUAGCAGCUGAAAUGUAUUGCUUGCUUGUAGAGGUCGUCCACUUGAUCCAACCAAAAUAUUAUGGAAAUAUUAAAUGGUACCUUAUUUACUGAAAGGCCUUCCCGUUAUAAAGUCACAGACUGGUUUCUGGGAUCAUUCCACUCUCUCUUGCCUCGUUUCAUUCAAGUGUUGUUCUAGAACAUAUAUUUUUCUUUUUGAUAGAGGUAUAUUCUCUCAAAUAUGUGGUGAUGAAUCUCAUGAAACCUGUCAAGAACAAGUCCUGAUUAAAUGUAAGGCCCAAAAACGAAGAGGACCCCCGCCCCCCAACACACAAUGUUUCACAUUUAUUUAAAAAGUCAAUUUUUAGGACCAUUAAUAUUAAUGCAUUGUGUUAUGUUCAUAAUUCAAUAACCUCCACACCCUUCACUUCUCAUUACCAUAC